UGCGAGCAGACCGGCGGUCGUUCCUCCCUGCCAAUGAAUCUCUCAGUGGUCGUUGUUUGUGAGCAGCAUUUAUCCUUGGUACUUGGGUCUCCUGAAUAAGCGCAGCAGUGACUUACGUUUCCUCUAACGGCGUCUCGGUGAACGGCACGUUUAUUCUCGAAUGAUUCAGGUCGAUGAUGACGGCGGGAGUGCAUCUUACUGAACCCGUGCGUGUGAAUCCGUAGAUAUCGUCCCCCGUGCCAUCUUCCAUCAUGAAAAGAAUGGUGUGGAGAGUUUAAGAAAGGAUGAAAGUGUCAUGUGCUCAUCUACUGCCCUAGAAAAAUACGGAACGUUUUCUGUCCUUCUGAGAGGAACACAACAUUUCGCCAAAAAGACUCAUGCAGCUACCGAGCCGUAGGUACACCGAGGGAUCUCCGUACAGUUUCCAAAAGCUGCAAAGGAGGAGGUCGAAGAGUGCAGAAACGGGAGCGAAAAUCGGGAGCUCGGCCUGAGAGGCAGCCGCAGCCAGCAUGAAAGCAGCAGACAGUGUGCGGCACAUGCAGUCUCGGGGGUGAGUGCCAACCACGCUGACACGCCGUCUGCAGGUAGUGCCACGCAGCCUCCUGGUGCUACUUGGGACGCUGGCCUUCUAAAAUAAGAUACUUGUGUAGUGAAAAAAAAAAGAACGAAAGGUAAACAGUGGCAGAGCAUGAUAUUGAAAUUGACCAUCCCAAGCGCCGGACUUGAAUGUCAUUGACUGACUGGUGGCAACUGCAUGACAACCGGCUUGUGGGUCUCUCAGCAUCAAAGCCACGCGGGUCAAGCCAUCAACAUGGUGCAGAUGCUGUGCAAGGUGUGGGGCGUGGGCAUGUUCAGCAUCGUGGCGCUGACCACCAGCAACAUCCUGCUGACGCUGCGCCUGAUGCAGGGGCGCGACGACGGCUCGGGCGGCGGCGGCUGCGGGGGCAUCCCGCCCAUCCCCGACUCCGUCCCGCACUCGUGGACGGCGGCGCUCUCCUCCACCAACCACUCCGAGUACCUGGCCUUCCUCAGGGCCGCGGCCAUCAACACAGCCCCGGCGGCGCCCACCACCAAGGGCAGUCCCGCGGGGGAGGCGGAGCGGGCGGGCGCGGAGAAGAGCGGCCCGCCCCUGGUCGUGGUGGGCAGCGGGUUCAAGGUGGACGAGGCGCGCGGCCGCUGGGACGCCCGCCGCCGCUACAAGACGCACGACCACGUGUUCACCGGGCCGCACUACGGGCGCCUGACCCGGUCCUCGCCCGUGUGCCUCGCCACGCAGACGUCCGUCGACAGGCUCUUCUGGCUCACGCAGGUCGCCCGCUAUUGGUCGGCGCCGAUGUCCGUGGCCGUGUUCACCCCCGACGUGGAAUACGCCAUCGCCCGCGCCUACCUCAGCUACCUCGUCACCUGCUUCCCCUUCCUGGGUGAAAAAGUGAGCUUUCACUUCACCUACCCGAGAGAUCACCUGCCGAAGGACGUGCCCUUGGUUAUCAAUCACCUGGAAGACAGGUGCGACCAGCCUCUCGGGGUGCUGAAGGAGCUGCUCAAACACAGGGACUCGAGGAUGCUGUCGUGGAGGGAGAGGAUGCCGUACCCAAGAAACGUGAUGGAAAAAGUGGCCCCGGGAAGACAUGUGGCACAGAGUGGGUAUUUCUCGUGGAUGUGGAUAUCGUGCCCAUUCCAGGACUGUCUUACACCCUCUCGUCUUUUCUCACUUCAACGCCUGCCCUCAAGUGUAAAAAUUUCACUAAUGGUAAGUCUUCCAUUACUUGCAUUAAGUCCCAAUGCCCUUUAUAUGAAGCCCCCCAUAAACUUUUAUGCCUCAGUAAUCCAAACGACCUUGAAAACGGCGUCCAGCAGGUAA